CUUAUAGAAUUGAUUAAUUAUAUUUUAACUUUUCGUAAAAUUGCAAUGAAGGAACAAAGAAUUUUAACACUAGUGUUAAUUUCAAUUGAGAGGCUUUUAAAGAAGCAAACCUUUUAUCAAGAAAUGUAUGGAGAUCAAAGUAUUGCAUUUGUUUUGGAACUUCUUUUCAGAUGUCUGUAUCAAAAAGAUACAGAAAUUCAGGUAGAUCAACGCCUUUUGGUAGCAUUAGGUUCAUACAUUUGGGAGUGUAUAGUGUCUUGCCCUCCAAAUCUUGAGAAAUUUAUGGAAACUGGAGCAGUCUAUGUUAUACUUGAUAUCAUUGAAAUUGUCCCAUACCCAUCUCAGUGUCUGUUUCUUAAUAUUUUAACUGAUAUGUGUGACAAUUUUUUCUGUGGGCCUUAUUUAUGUACUUGGAGAGGAAUUAACAAGAAAACAGGAUUAAUGUCCUUGUUAGCAACAAUAUGGAGGGAAGAAGAAAUCCGGCUUGAAGUUAAAAGAUGUCCAGAUGAUGAGGAAUCUCCUUCUAUGGGCAAGAAACAAUGGGUAGAAACUUUUCAAACAAAGUUGUUUGGACACGUUAGUCCAGCAAUAAAUGACAUGAUUGGUUCAGUUAGAGCAAAAAUAUAUAGUAUUAGGAAAAUUAUUGAAAGGGAUAAUGAAAGAUAUGAAAUGGCCAAGAAACAUUACAAAAUAUUAUAUUUUGACCUUCCAAUAGAGGACAGAAUCACAAUAUCUGCCAUAGAUUUGUAUUUUAAAUUGAAGUUAGGUCAAGUAUGGGUAGAACUUGAUAUGUACUUUGAACAAAUUGGUAUCACUCCACUUGGUAUGGAUGGACAGGCAAUAUUUUUGAUGACACAAAGAUAUCAUUCAUGGGGAAUAUUGUUGAAAGAAAGACAGAACAAAAUAAUCCAAUCCAUAAAAAGGGAUGAAGAUAUACAAGAAAAAGAUGAAUAUGCUAGAAUUCGAGAUUCUAAGUUAAUUCUGUCCUUGAAUGCAUUUGAUGAAUUAGAUUAUAUAUAUAGAACAACGAAUAGAGAAUAUAUGAUAAAGAAAAAGAAUGAACAAACAGAUCAAGUCCAUUCAGCUCUGAAUUUUCAAUCAAAGAAAAAUCACGAACACAAUCACAGAACGUUUAUGGCUAAAGUCCAUUUCACCGCAAUAUUUGAUCAAUACGUCACAUUCAGAAAUCUAACGUCCGAUUCAAAUUUUGGCCAAAUGAAGGUUCUUCCUGUUUCGCCUUGCGAAUCUCAUAUUUUCGACGAAACAGAUUCUUCUGAAAUUACAUCUUUGUCAAGCGAUAAAUUUUCCAAACUAGAAGAAUUCAACCAAGAAAUAUAG